AUGGCGGCGCUGCGCAGCAGCAGCAGCAGCAGCCUCCUGCAGGUCCGGCUCAGCCGCUCCGCCCUGCGCGCCCUCGACACCUACCGCGCCUGCCAGAAUCGUGUUUCUUCUCAACCUUCAAUUCAGUUCCAACGAUCCAAAGGGCUUAUUAAAAUUCCCAAAGUUGGUCUGCCAAAUGAAACACAUGCAUUUAGCUUCUACUUGUCAAACGUUGGCAAAGAUAAUCCUCAGGGAAGCUUUGACUGUGUCCAGCAGAUGGAUUCAAGUUCUGGAGCCUCGCAACUUAGUUGCCUGGGACUUAUAAAGAAUAAAAUUACAGUAUGUCCAUCAAGUGAUUCGUAUCAGACGACCAGAGAGCGCAUGACCCAGGCGGAAGAGGAGUCGCGUGAUCGAAGUGCAAAGGUUAUUAAACCUGGUGGACCAUCUGUAGGGAGAAGAGCACAGGUCAGAAAAGCACCCCUGAGCAUUCCAGAUGUUGUUCCUGAGAGGAAGAGGUCGACACCCAUUAACCUGGCCAGCACCAUCCGGAGGACUCAGACCCAGAGCUCCGUGUCCCAGCGGCCCUACCGGGACAGGGUGAUUCACCUCCUGGCCCUGAGGAGCUACAAGAAACCAGAGUUACUUGCUCGCUUGCAUAAAGAUGGUGUCAACCAAAAGGACAAGAAUUCCCUUGGAAUUAUUCUUCAGCAGGUAGCCAGCCUGAACCCAAAGGAUAAUUCUUACACUCUGAAGGAUUAUUUAUUUAAAGAAAUUCAAAAAGAUUGGCCUGGAUACAAUGAAAUAGAUAAACAGUCAUUGGAGUUAAUGCUUUCUAGAAAAUUAAAUUCAUCUCAGAAUGCCAGCAGCACCAGCCAUUUGGAAUGUUCUGUAACUCCUGAUAAAGAUGCUCUAUCAAACACUUCCCAGAAACGGGUUUUGAAUUCCGUUUUCACUGAUCCCCUGAUGAACAAGAAGCAGAGGAUCUCUCAUCUGACCAGCCGGAUCCCCCCACUCUUCCGGGGUCACCCCUUUGCCCCCAGUGACACCCCCACUGCUGCCCGCCCGCCGCCUCCCGCACCCUUUCCCGCUUCCAACCCUCCUCAAACUGCCAGCUCCAUCUCCCCCAGCACCCCUGAGGGGCGAGGGACACAAGACCUGCCACUGGAUGUCUUCAGUCAAAACAGCAGGAGCACCCACAAGGACCAGCAACAAAAAGAUACCUCUGAAACCCCUCUGGGGAUCCUGGCGCCCGCUUCCCUGCCCGAGAAACCUCCCAAGUCCGUGGGCCAGAAACACCAACAGCCUGAGAAGGGAAAAGAGCAUGAGGAGGAGAAAAGGACAGUGCAGGACACUUUGGGUGUGAGCAAGGAGAAAGGCCUUGAAAAAGAAGAAACUGCCAAGCUGAAAACAUCCUCCCAGUUGGAUUCAGAUGAAGGAGUUAAAGAAACUUGCACUGCCUCCAAAGAUCCUCCUUCACCAAGUGAUGACUACUUAAUGAAAUACGUCCCCAUCGUGUCCUAUGAGCAGCGCCAGAGCUACAAGGAUGACUUCAAUGCAGAGUAUGAUGAGUACAGGAGCUUGCACGCCCGGAUGGAGAGUGUCACCAGGAGGUUCAUGAAGCUGGAUGCACAACGGAAGCUUCUUUCUCCAGGGUCCAAAGAAUACCAGAUGCUUCAUGAGGAGGUCUUGGAAGAGUAUCAGAAAGUAAAACAGUCCACCCCCAACUACUAUGAGGAGAAAUACAGGUGUGAGUAUCUCCACAACAAGCUGUCUCAUAUUAAGAGGCUGAUAGGGGAAUUUGACCAACAGCAAGCAGAGUCAUGGCACUAGGCUUCUGCCUCCACCACGACAUGUGAAUGAACUAAAGCUUAUUUAUUUAAACUUAACGUUACUUGCUCUAAGGUUCUGAAUAUCACUAUCAAACUUUUACAUUACAGAAGUUUCAGUAUUAGCAGACUUAAGUUUUCUACUUUUGUUGCGAUGUUGCUUAAAUGCAUAUUUGAAGCUGCUUUUUCUGGUCCCUUCUUUUCUUCAAGACUUAUGUUUGUCCACUGAAAUCAUUUUAUCAGCAGGUGCUGGGGUACCCAGCAAAACUGUGCACAUUUUAAGAAAAUAUUGUAGCAAACUGAAAAGCUUUUUGGACAAAUAUAAGGCUGUUCUCUGACCUUUCUUGUUAAUGCAAACUCUUUGCCUUAAAUGGUAGAAGGUUUAGAAAUUUGCACAAAACAAAACAACAACAACAACAAAAACCAAACACAUUGUUUUGGAGGGUUAAAGAGGGAUGUACAACAAGAAACUCACCCCUGCAACUUAAACCCCCCAUUGCAGUGGUUGCCUUAAGGUGUUUCCUCGUGUGUUUUUAGUGUGGUUAAGUCCUUAGCUGCACUGCUUCCCACUCUGCUGGAGCACCUGGGAAGCACUGUGUGUGUGUGUGUGUGUGUUCUCUGUGUGUGUGCAAGGAUGUGUGGGUGUGAGCAAACGUGAUGGGGAUAAAAUAAAACAUAAAGCUGCUACUCCUAAGAAGGCCAAACGCUCAGGUUAAAACAACUGACGAGUGUUGCUGUAGGUUUGUUGUUUUUUUUUUCCUGUACAAUUGCUACUUCUGUUGUGGGAGGUGAGAGCGUUUCCAUUUCAAUAGUUUUCGUCAGCUUUAAUAAUAUUGGGGAAAUUGAAACUUUGCAGAAAUGAAGCAUAUAUAGUUUUGGGGCAAGAUUAUAAAGGUAAACAUGUAGGUAACCUAUUUAUAUACUGCUAUAAAGUAUUUUUUUGAAGAGAGAUAUGCAAAGAAGCUAUUGCCUACAUGAAAUAUAUAUUUAAAGACUUUUUUUGUUGGUUUUUUUUUUUUGGUCCUGGAUGCCAGGAAUAUAACUAAGAACAUAUAUAUUUAACUAUAGAAAUACUGUGAUCACAGAACAGCACAAACUUUCAUUUCAUGCAGUUCUAGGUUUAUGUUGAUGUAAACCAUUGCUCACUUUAUCAUGUGAAAACGCAGGUUAUUUGGUCAAAACUGAGCAAAAUCUUCGUGUGUCUUACUGUGUUUGUCUUUUCAAAAUGCUGCCAAUUGAAAAGGGAAGCCUGAUGUUUACAAUCCUGAUUAUGGAGCUUUUGCCAAAAAUGUGGUAGUAUUGCUGAUAGAUUUUACCUCCAGCAUCAAAAAAACCACAAAAGCCAACCAACAAAACCAAAACCCUAAACCAGCUGUUGCAAGUCACUGUAAACCAGAAAAUGUUUGACUGCCAGAAAAUAUCCAUUCAGGUACAUGGGAGCAAUUGAAUUUUUGCCUUAAAUUUCUGGGCUCAGGAGAUGUCACCUUGGUGCAGGUGGAGCAGCCAGCACGGUGCACACCCCCCUCUUGCUGCGUGGCAUCCAUCUUUGUGUUAAUUGCUUGAGACCAAGGUGCCUCUGGGCCCCUUGGGUGAGCACAGUUGUUUUCAGCUCCAGAUUUCCAAAAAGCAGGAUGAGGGGAGUGAGUUCAGCCUGGCUGCAAGGGCUGGAUGGGCUCCUGAGCACGCACACACAGCCCUGCCCAGCUGGGGGUGCAGGGGCUGCCCAGCCCUUCCUGGGGGGUGGGUUUUCAGCUUUCAGCCUGGGGAGGCAAAGUGACCAUUUGGACCAAAGUGGUGUGAAAUUCCUGCUGUCAGGGCCCCUUCUGGGCAGUCCAGUGCUCUUCCAGGUGUGUGCCUGGACCUGGUGGUGCCUGCCAUCCUGGGACACACCAGCUGCUGCUGCAGCGAACGCUCCCCGUGCGAUCCCUCUACCACUGAGGCUAAUUAGCAGUGCAGCUAAUUCACCUUUACCACUGCCCUGUGGUUGCAUCUUCUGGUUUACAGGCUGUGGACGUGUUGCAGCUGGAGGUGAGUCCUGCUCCAGCACUGCAGGCCACCAGCAGACCAGUCACUGCAAAGGCCUUUGCCUGCAGGUGGACCCGUUUGCACUGGGUCUUUCUCAAGCCUUGCAAGUAAACCCAAACAGCCUGUGUGUUGCAAAAAUAGUGCUGCAAAUCCACAGAUCUCUUCUUUCCCUGUCACUCUACAUUCCUGUUCAGCAAAAGUAAAUGAUGAGAGCCUGUUGGAGCAGGGUCUCUUGACUGUGUCAUUGCCUUUCCUGAAAAACUGGUCUGCUCACUCCAAGAAAACAGCUUGGCUGGGGUUAUACACCAGCUGCAAAUCUGAAGCUGAUGAUUGAUUGAUGUAGAGAAGGGGCAACUGUGAAUCUCACUGCAGUUUAUGCAAAGCACGUGGCCAAGAAGAGAGACAACAAGCCCUUUCCAGUUGGCUGAAGAAUACAUGGGCUGGGGGGACUGGUUUCCAGUCUGGCUGGCAUUUGAGGGAGAAAAACUGUGCCCAGAGUGAAUUUAUUAUUGUGUUGUGUUUUUUUUUAAAUUGUAGAUACGCUUCAAACUGUCUCUUGAAGCAGGUCACUAGACUGCUUUUAAGUCUUCAUUGCACCCUGUCCAUUAUAAAAAAAAAAAAUAAAAAUUAAAAAAAGAGUAAUAUUCAAAUAUUUUGCAAGUGUUUUGUAGAACAGGUAGACGAGUGUUGGAGGCAAGCUACUUCCAACAGGUUUUAAACAUAAAGUUGAGUUCAGCUGUUGCUAUUGUAACUUUUCUCAUUUGUUAGCCUUUUUAAAAUAGAGAUGUUGUCACAGCCAGUCUUUCUAGGUACCUGAAUCUUGAAUCAUGCAAAGACCAAUGGCUACUUUGAAGUCUAGUUCUUUUCCUAAGUUUACUACCAUUUGUUUCUGCACCUGACGGGGGAAGGAUACGAAAUUUAUCAUGGGAGGACAGUAUUUGGGAACAUGAAGGCUUAAAACAGGACUGUGAAUCCCCCUUCCUGAGUUUGAGAGUGUUUUACGACUUUUUCAAUUGUUUCCAUACAAACUGUUUUAAGAAUCUGUAGGUGAGACAUCCCCGGGGCAUUUUGUUAACCAACACUUGAGCCAUUGUUGCCCCUCUGUUCUACAUCAACCUCAGUUCAAUAAAAUGUUACCUUUGCAA